AUGUCCGCAAUCGCUCCCUCUGGACAAUGGUUCUUCACUGGUCCCCUCCUCUCCACCACCGGCAAUUCCUUUACAGUCGACCAGGGCUCCAUUAGGUUUCGCAUCUACCCCGACCCAGGCACACUCAACCCUUUCCUCGCCGCCCUCUCCAAAGCAGCGUUACAGAUGCCUGUCCUAUCCUCUCUCAUGCUGACAGUCUACCUCUCGGUUCAGACAAACAAUGCCCACGUCGCAUAUCACGCUCCCGGUCAAAAGGCAAAAUGGGGCGAUGAAGAAGAAGGUGAUCAAAGCAAGCGACGGGUGUAUUAUGCGUUUGAAAUGGGGGACUGGCGGCCAGAAUAUGAGACUGCUGCGAGGUUGAGGAAGGUGGGAGAAGAGCGAUUUGGGGGUGAGAUUGUGGAGAGGUUUCUUAAGCGUUUGGUUCAAGGCAGUUUCUUCAACAUCAUGGCAUGGAAAGGUAAGGUUGUUUGGUGA